UAAUGUCAUAUCAUCAUGGCAUCAGUGUAGUAAAGAACAUAUAUAUACAACCAUAUAUCUCAAGACAAUCGAUCAAGCAUUGUUAAUUGUUAGUAAUUAAUCAAGAGCCCGUAAUAGUAAUUAAUUAGCUAGUUUACCAUCAUGAAGUUCUUGGUUAUUAGCAAAGUUGGUGUUUUAGUUCUAGUUUUGCUGGCCACGAGCGCAGCCAUGGCACUAGGCCAAGGCACGAGAGUGGGGUUCUACCAAUCCUCGUGUCCGGCGGCGGAGCAAAUAGUAAAAGCGACGGUGCGGUCGCAUUACCAGUCGGAUACCAUGAUUGCGCCCGGGCUGCUGAGGAUGAUCUUCCACGACUGCUUUGUGCACGGUUGCGACGCUUCCGUUCUCAUCACCGGCCCAAACUCCGAGAGAACUGCCCCUCCUAACCUAAGUCUGAGAGGAUUUGAGGUCAUAGACGAUGCUAAAACAAAGCUCGAAGCUGCCUGCCCGGGCGUCGUUUCUUGUGCUGACAUUCUCGCUCUUGCUGCCCGUGAUUCCGUUGAGCUGGCGGGAGGGAUAAGUUGGGCAGUUCCGACGGGACGGAGGGAUGGGAGGGUGUCAUUGGCGUCAGACACGGCUAAUCUUCCGAGUUUUACGGACACCGUUGACGUCCAGAAGCAAAAGUUUUCCGACAAAGGCCUCAACACUCAAGAUCUUGUGGCUCUCGUCGGGUCGCACACAAUUGGGCAGACAGCUUGCCAGUUCUUCAGCUACAGACUAUUCAACGCCAGUGCGGACCCUCCGGUAGACCCAUCAUUCCUCUCCAGGCUUCAGGCUCUCUGUCCCCAAGGCGGCGACGGCAACAAGCGGGUGGAUCUCGACGACGGCAGCGUCAUGAACUUUGAUAACUCUUACUUCUCUAAUCUCCAAAAGGGUCGUGGGGUUCUUGAAUCUGACCAGAGACUGUGGGCCGAUAUCUCUACCAAAACGUACGUUCAGCGGUUCCUGGGCCUCAGAGGGUUUCUUGGGCUUAGGUUCCCCUUGGAGUUUGGGCGGUCCAUGGUGAAAAUGACAAACAUUGAGGUUAAAACUGGGAGUGAUGGUGAAAUUCGCAAAGUUUGCUCUGCUACUAACUGAUCUUACUUGCAUGGGGCAAGGCCUUUUAUUAUAAUUCAUAUUGAUGUGAUGAUUUAGCAUUUUACCAUUUCAAUCAUCAUAUCUCAUGAUCAUAUUAAGAUAUGAUUUACAAUUUACCACUUUCCACUUCUUUCAUGAUUAAUUAUGAGCGCAAGUUGCAAUUGUAAUGGUUUCCCACAAAUAAAUACUCCAUCUAUUCCUAAUUCACUUCUCACUUUUGAUCUAAAAUUAAAUUAUCACUUGUAUCUUUGGUAAUAUUUGAGUGGUAAAAUCUCAUUUUACGGUUUUACCCCUAUGGGAAUUAUAUUACUCGGUAUUAA